GUCUGUCGUUGACUGUCCACAUCAGAGAGUAGUUCAAAACACGUUCAGCUGUUUUCCGUCGUCUCGUGAAUAACAAAUUAACUAGUUUUUUUUUACCUAAUUGCAAACAAUUUUAUUCGUAAUUUCAUACGAAAGAAGUGCUCUCUAGUCUUAGUCGCACCAAAAGCAAUGCAAUGAAUUUUCAGGAAGGUCUGAUUGCUGCAUUUUCCGUCGUCGCUUCGCUGAUCAUUGUCCUUGUUGUGGUUUGUUUAGGUUGGUACCUGGUGUGGAAACUGUUCCUGUCCCGCUUCAAGCUAGUCCGUGAGCUAUUGGGACUGGCUCAAUCGACCGAUUCACCAACACACUCCGAGAACCUUUCCGGAGACGCAGGCAGUGGCAAAGCACGCAACGCCCGUAAGGUACGAAGAGAUUGA